UGACAACUUUGACGUUUUCCUAACGUUAUUUUGUACUCCUUGUUUUUUAAUUCUAAUUAUAUAGUAUGUGAAUUGAAAUGAUCACGCAAAGUGUAUAUUAUGUAGAUUGUUGAACAGGAUAUAUUUUAAAUGUAUGUCUAAAAGAAUUCUAAUAGUUUAAAUAUCGUGUGAAAAGCGAAAGCUAUUGAAAUACUAUGUUACUGAAUCGCAUAUAAUCUAGUGCCAUAUGAUACCGCAAUGUGAACAAAAUAUAUAUUUUUGGCUCUCACGAAUGGCCCGCUGUGUAAAAAGUAGCAAUGAUGAUGGUGCGGUGGAAUAUGCGUUUGGGCCUAGCUGCACUCUGUGGUGGAGCACUACUGGUCAUGCUGUAUUGGAGUCGCUGCACAGAUAUAACACUGAGACCUAUAGGUUCAAUACUAAACGAGGAGCAGACCAAGCAUAAUAAGGAGGACAUAGAGUGCCUGAUCAAUGGGGAAUACUCGGUGGUGUGUCGUCGUGAUCAUGACGAGGUCUAUCUCCCUUUCUCAUUUAUACACAAGUAUUUUGAGGUAUACGGCAAAAUAACGCCAGCGGACGGCGUCGAAAGAUUUGAAUGGUCGCACAGUUAUAGCAAGGUGUAUCACCCAAAAAAGAUAUACGAUCCCCGCGGCACGUUCGCGACCUUCGAGAACUAUAACGUAGAAGUGCGGGACCGGGUCAAAUGCAUCAGCGGCAUAGAGGGAGUGCCCGUGUCCACUCAAUGGGAGCCCAAAGGUUUCUUCUACCCGACUCAGAUAGCCCAGUACGGUCUCGCACAUUAUAGUAAGAAUCUCACGGAGCCCGAGCCGAGGGUCAAGAUAAUCGACGAUGGAGACAAAAACUUGGGGAACUGGAUCGUCAGCACAGACGCGACUGUAUCCCGCGAAUUCGACACGGAAUUGAAAUCGAAUAUUUUGCGAUUUACGACGUCUGACCAGGCGUCCAGUCAAGUGUGGUGUAAGGUUAACAUCAGCCAGGACUUUGUGCUAAGUCUGGAUUUGCGCUUGAAACCUAACUCCUCCUUGACAGUUGUUUUGCAGAAUAAAGAUAAGAAAGAAACCGUCUACUUGCAUUACGUCACCAGUCUCCAGCUUAUUUAUGCAUUGGAUGACCACAUAUAUUACGGUAUCGGUGUAGAACACAAGUGGCGGCGACUCACCCGCGAUCUAGUCACGGACAUGCAGAAAGGCUGGGCGCUCCUUGAUAAGGCGAAGAGGAAAUCUCCUAGAAAUAAAUUUAAGAUAUCCAGUAUAAUUCUGAUGGGCGAGGGCAGUGCGGCCAACAUUCGUGUGUCGACAAGUGAGCACAUGGCGCAUUUCUUUGCGGCCGCCCGUUGGCUCGUGAGUACGCAGCGAGCGCGCGGCGGAUGGCCCGUCCGAGCCAGGAGGCGUGUGGCAUCGCGAGUGCCAGAUCUCAGAGCUGGAUGGCACUCGGCAAUGAGCCAAGGACACGGCAUCUCGGUGCUGGCCCGAGCCUUCCACCGCAGCAAAGACGUGUCGUAUCUUCGAGCCGCCCAACGCGCCCUGCACCUCUUGGACGUGCCCAGCUCGGCUGGAGGAGUCAAAGCCAUGUGGAUGGACAAAUAUGUUUGGUACGAGGAAUACCCGACGAAGCCGCCUCUGUUCGUGCUGAACGGCUUCAUCUACACCCUCCUCGGGCUCUACGACUUGCACGUGAUCGAAGGAGACAACUCCAUUUCACUCGCCAAGAAGAUGUUCGACGACGGUAUGCUUUCCCUCAAAACCCUGCUACCCAUCUUCGACACGGGCAGCGGGAGCUUCUACGAUUUGCGCCAUUUCACUUUAGGCGUCAGUCCCAACAUCGCCAGGUGGGACUAUCACGCGACUCACGUCAACCAGUUGUAUCUUCUGGCAGGAUUGGACCCAGAUCCGAUUUUGAUAAACACGGCGAAACGCUGGGAGGGAUAUAUGCAAGGAAAACGGGCUGCACAUAAUUGAACUACCCCGCUUCUAUUC